AUGCCACUCAUGACAGGAACCGGCAAGCCCAGAGUCAUCCUAGGCACAAUGACCUUCGGCCCCAAAGCCUCAGACGGCGCCCGAAUCACCUCACUGGACACCUACAAUAGCAUCCUCGACAAAUUCCAAUCCGCCGGCCACAACGAAAUCGACACCGCCCGCGUCUACGUAGCGGGCCAAUGCGAAGCCUUCACCCGCCAAGCCAAAUGGCAAGAACGCGGCCUCUCCUGCGCCACAAAAUGGUACCCGAAAGAGCCGCACGCACACAAAGGCGAGAAACUAGAGGAGAUGCUGGAUAAAAGCCUCAGCGAACUCGGAACCAAAUGCGUGGAUAUCUUCUACCUGCAUGCGGCGGAUAGGAGUAUCCCGUUCCAAGAACCGUUGAAGAAGAUGGAUGAGAUGCAUAAAGCGGGGAAGUUCGUGCAGUUCGGGCUUUCGAACUUCACCGCUUUCGAGGUGGCGGAGGUGGUAAUGUUGUGUCGAGCUAAUAAUUGGGUGCGACCGACGGUUUGGCAGGGGAUGUAUAAUGCCAUUACUCGCUCCAUCGAGGGGGAGUUGAUCACGGCGUGUAGACGUUACGGGUUGGAUAUUGUGGUGUACAAUCCUAUUGCUGGGGGUUUGUUUAGUGGGAAGUACAAGAGUACGGAGGUGCCGGCGGAGGGGCGGUAUAGUGAUACCCAUGCGACGCAGGGGAAGAUGUAUCGGCAGCGGUAUUUCAAGGAUGCGACGUUUGAUGCUUUGAGGAUUAUUGAGCCCGUGGUGCAGGAGCAUAAUUUGACGCUGUUGGAGACGGCGUUUCGGUGGUUGACGCAUCAUAGUCAGCUGAAUAUUAAGGAUGGCGGGAACGAUGGGAUUAUUAUUGGGGUGAGUAGCGAGCAGCAGCUGGAGCAGAAUCUCAAGGAUUUGGAGAAGGGGCCGUUGCCGGAGGAGGUUCUGAAGGUGUUGGAUGAGGCGUGGUUGGUCGCUAAGCCUACGACGGCGAAUUAUUGGCAUGGGGUUUUGGAGUAUGGGUAUGAUACUCGGGCGGCGUUGGGGUUGGAUAAGUGA